AUGUCGGCGUCUCUCGCGGCGCGCGCCAUCCCGACGCGCUCGCACACAUCACGGUGCACCUCGCGUAAAACGCCUUCGAGACACGCGCGCCGCCGCGGCGGCCGCGCCGUCGGGGCCGCGAACGCCGGCGAUCCGCUCUUCGCGCUGAGUGUCUUGGAGGUUGGCGGGGACGUGCUCCUGUCGGAUGGGGACGUGGCGGCGGCGGCGGUCGGGGCGCUCGCGGCGACGUCCCUCGCCAGCCUGGGAACGGCGGACCCGGGCGCCGAGCUGAGACGAAAACUAGACGCGGUCGAGCCCCUCGAGGUCCGCCUGGACGUCACCGCGCUCUGGUGCUUCGUGUGCGCCAGGGAGCUAUCGCACGUCCCGCCGGGGGGCAAGGUGGUCGACCUCGGGUUCAGCGUCGGGGAUAUCCUGCGGCUCGGGUGCGUGGCCGGGACCGGCUCGUGCCUGUGCAUCGCCUGGCUCCUCGUCGGGACGGCGACGGGGCAGUUCAAACGCGCGGGAUUCCUCGCGACCGGCGACGAGAGGACCCUCGUGCAGUACUUGACGCCGGGCUGGAUAACCGCCACCGCCGCCGGCGCGCUGUGGCAGCUGGCGGAGGCGUACCUGUGCAGGCCCGGGCUGGACGGCGUCGGCGCGGGGCUGGACGGGGGGGACGCGUCGCUCGCGGCGGCGGCGGCGGCGUUCUCGCCGCCCGACGCGCUCGCCGCCGUCGCCGCGCUCGUCGCCGCGAUGCAGGGCUACCGAGCGUUCAGCUACUUCGUCCCGUGAUGA